UUUAUGAAUAUUUUGCUCAACUUUAUCCAUAAACAAUAAAAAUAAUAUAUAUAUAGUUUGGUUUUUGAUGCAUUAUCUAUUUUUAUUCGAACAAAAAAUCCAUACUUCUAUUAGAACAAUGUAUGUGAGUUUUAUAUUAAAAAAACGCAAAAUAUAUAGUGUGAACACAUUUAUGAAUAUAUUGUGAACGUGUUAGCAUUCUUAUUUUCAAAAUCAUUGUGAAGUUGUCACAUGUCUAUUAUAGUGUGAAUGCAUUUAUUACAGUGCUUCUCUUUUAAUAUAUUGUAUAAGGAAUUUUGGGCAAUAUUUUAUAAGUAUGCAAAUAAAUAAAUAAAGAAACAAGAACAAAACUUAGGUUCACCCCUAAGGUGAACCUUUAAAUUCACCUCUCUUUCUUAUUACCAAUUAAAAUGCCACAUAGAUUAAUAAUAAAAUACAUUAUUUUUUAAAAAAAAAUCUAAAAUAAUUGAAAAAAGAUAAUGACGCUCAUUUUAAUGACGCUAAUGCCACUAACUAAACCCUAAAUCUUAAAUUCUAAACCCUAAACCUUAAAUCUAAACCCUAAACCCUAAAUUCUAAACCCAAACUCUAAACCCUAAACCCAAACCCUAUAUUUUAAACCCAAAUCCUAAACUCUAAACCCAAACCCUAGACCUUAAACUCAAACCCUAGAUCCUAAACACAAACCUAGACUUUAAACCCAAAUCGUAAACCCUAAAGAAACAACAUCAACAUUAACCCAAAUCUUCAGGAUAUAGGAUUUGGGUUCAGGGUUUAUGAUUUGAGUUUAAGGUGUAGAGAUUAGGUUUGGAAUAUGAUUUGAGUUUAGAGUCUAUGAUUUGGGUUUAGGAUAUAGGGUUUGGGUUUAGGGUUUAGGAUUUGGGUUUAGGAUAUAGGGUUUGGGUUUAGGGUUUACAGUUUGGGUUUAGGGUUUAGGAUUUGGGUUUAGGGUUUACAGUUUGGGUUUAGGGUUUAGAAUUUGGGUUUAGGGUAUAGAUUUAAAGUUUAGAGUUUAGUUAGUGGUGUUACCAUCAUUAAAAUUGACGUUAUUAUUUUUUUUUUAAUUGUUUCAGAUUUUUUAAAAUAAAAUAAUUUAUUUUAUUAUUAAUAUAUGUGGCAUUUUGAUUGGUAAUAAAUGGAGAGGUGAAUUUAAAGGUUCACCCUAGGGGUGAACCUAAGUCUUGUUCAAGAAACAACAUACUUGGAAAUGUAUUAAAUUAAUAAUUAUCCAGAACUCACUAUUCUAAAGAAGUUUUGCAUUUGAAGUAAACUAAUAUUGUAUACUUUAAAUUACUAUAAAACGAGAUAUACACACUUAUUACAAAGAACCAAAGAGGAGAGAUAAUAUACUACACACACCAUCAUGCAUUGUUCCCAUAGGCAGUCAAAUUUGUUAAAAGCAUUAGAAAGAAAGAAAUAACUUUCUUCUCUCUCACACAACUUAUGUAUCUAUACAUAAGAAAUCCUCCUCAGCUUCAUUUCAUCUUCCAAUUAUUGAGUCGUGGCUUAGUCAGAAUGCAUUCCUUCUAAUGCUAUUCUACCCAUAAAACAAAAUCAAAUUCGAUGUAUUCUGUUUACUCUAAAUUUUAGAGAUCGGUCAUACGGUAAAAGACAGUCUUCUUCGCCUUUUAGACAAAUUGUAGCUUUCUUGAGUUCGUUGUGGUCAUCACCUGAGAUGGAAGUUCUUGAGAAUGCUAAGAAUCCUAAUAACUCAUCGGAGAGAAAACGUGGAGGCUGGAUAGCCAUCUCGUUCAUCCUUGGUAUGUUCUUUUCUCGUUUCUUCCAAUAUUUAGUUUUUUAAGGUUUUUCUUUGUAUAAAUCUCAACAUGGUAAACUAGUAAAUGGAUAUGAACUUCGUCAUCCGCAGUAUAAAUUAUGGUGGAUCGACUGGUUAAGCACGCAGCUUUGAUCCCUUUUAAUUGGUAGUCAUAGAGAAUUUUUUUGGAUUGGUAUAUAAGAAAUAAUUCUUACUAAAUUUCUAUCAAUUUAAUCUCAUUAAAAAUACGUAUAUAUACUUUAUCAUCACUUUUUCUUCUUAAUAUUUUGUGCACCAUGAUAAUAUCAUGAACACACUAACCACUUUUACGAGUCAUGCAAUACAGUAAUCAGAGAAAAUAGUACCAGGAGAAAUGACCCAAAUUAAAUAAAUAAAUAUAUAAAUAAUAUGGUCGACCGUUUCAUGUUGUUAUGGAGUAAACCUUUUGAUAAGACGCAUGAAAUACAGUUAAGCUUUUCAGACAGAUCAUGAGUUAUAUAUAUAAAUUAAUUGUACUUAACGGCCACUCCAACUUAAGUAAACGAAACUAUUGGUUCAUAAAGUAUAUUAUCAUGGUGAUAUAAUGUAAAGGAAAUGAGACGCUGGAGAGGAUGGGAACGAUGGGGUUAUCGGCGAAUUUCAUGGCGUAUUUAACCAAUGUGUUCCACAUGAAGCUAGUGGACGCUUCCAACUUUUUCAAUUUGUGGUUAGGUCUCAGCAAUUUGGCUCCACUCCUCGGUGCAAUAAUCUCUGACGCCUACGUUGGCCGCUUCAAGACCAUCGCUUACGCCUCCUUUUUCUCCCUUCUCGGACUAAUGACAGUGACACUCACUGCCUGGCUGCAUCAACUCCACCCACCAGAAUGCAACAUCCACCGUCCAGAUAGCUGCGACCGUCCAAACAAACUCCAGCUCGGAGUAUUGUUCCUUGGUCUCGGCUUCCUCUCGAUCGGCAGCGGUGGAAUACGACCUUGUAGCAUCCCUUUCGGUGUGGACCAAUUUGACCAACGAACCGAGAAAGGGCUUAAAGGAAUGGCCAGUUACUUCAAUUGGUACUACUUAACUUUCUCCAUCGUUCUCAUCGUUUCGCAUACCGUCAUUGUGUACAUACAGGACAACAUCAGCUGGACCGUUGGGUUUAGCAUUCCAACCGGUUUAAUGGCUUGCUCCAUCGUUUUGUUCUUUGUUGGUAUGCGAUUUUACGUGUAUGUCAAACCGGAAGGGAGUGCAUUCUCUAGUAUUGCUCGAGUCAUUUUAGCGGCUCGUAAGAAACGGAACCUCAAGCUUCCAGUGGAGGAUGACGGAACGGUGGAGUAUUAUGACCCACCACUUAAACCUGGAGUGUUAUCCAAGUUACCACUCACCAACCAAUACAAGUUCCUAGACAAAGCGGCGGUGAACACAGAGGGUGAUCUGACAUCCGCUGUAGUUCCGGUGAAUAAGUGGAGGCUAUGUAGCGUUCAAGAAGUUGAAGAGGUCAAGUGUUUGAUCAGAAUCAUUCCGGUUUGGUCUGCUGGAAUAAUCUCCGUUGUUACAAUGUCCACGCAAGUAACUUUCAUCGUCCCUCAAGCUAUGAAAAUGGAUCGGCACAUGGGUCCUCACUUUGAGAUCCCGGCAGGUUCCGUGUCCGUCAUCUCUUUCAUUACAAUAGGCAUUUGGUUGCCUAUCUACGACCGUGUCCUAGUCCCUUCCCUUUGGCGAAUCCGCAAGUUCAGGGUCACGCUUCUGCAGCGGAUGGGGAUAGGGAUCGUCUUCGGCAUCGUGUCCAUGUUCACUGCGGCGAUAGUGGAAAGAGUGAGGCGAACACAGGCUUUGAAAAUGACGCAGGUGUCGGUGUUUUGGUUGGCGUGGCAGCUGGUUCUGAUGGGACUCUCCGAGUCGUUCAACUACAUUGGACAGAUCGAGUUCUUCAACAGUCAGUUCCCUGAACACAUGAGAAGCCUUGCGAACUCUCUGCUUCCGCUCUCCUUUGCCGCAUCUCACUACUUAACUAGUCUGCUGGUGACGACGGUGCAUAAGUUCUCAGGUGGAAAAGACAAGCCGGACUGGCUGGACAAUGACCUUAAUAAGGGGAGGCUGGAUUACUUCUACUAUAUGAUUGCUGGUUUGGGUGUUGUUAACCUUGUCUACUUCUGGUACUGUGCUCGAAGCUACCAGUACAAGGCCGGUUCACAGAUUGAAGAUUUGGCAGAGGAGAAAUCUCUGGUUGACUAGAAUGAAACCACAUGCAUGAUCAGUUUACAAGCUAAGAUCCAUAUGCUAAUUGUGUGUGAUAUUUGUAUGAAUAUGUAACUCUCUAUGCUUGGCUAUCUAAAGUGGCUCUCAUUGAAAGAAAAAAAAGAGAGAUUAUUACUUCACAUGUCGCAACCAAAACAAAAGUUUACUUACCAAACGAGAAUCCAAACCGAGAAAAGGCUUUAUUAUAUAAGUGAUUUGAAACUUGAGCAAACUAAGGAAGGAGACGCACCCAAGAGCCAAAGGCAGAGAAUCUAAGACGCAACAGUGACGUUAAAGUCUUGGUAAUGAUUGUAUGAAUGGCCAUUUCCUCCACCACUACGUCCCCUUCCUCUGGUAACCGUUUCCACCGGCAUUAUCACCUCGGGCGCCUCGAUGAGCUCUCUGGUUCUGGUGGGAUCCACGUGGCACAUACUGUAGCUGAUAAUCUCUAUUUGACUUCUCUCAAUCUACCUGAGUAUAGGCUUAUUUCUCCUGCUGUCCAUGGACCACCACUCCUUGGGUCACUGACUCAUCCUUCAAACAAAAACACCCAUCAGAUUCAGUCUCGAGCAAUUAACUCAUUUCAGAAUAAUUUAGAAAUCCACAUUUCACUGGAUUACCUUCUUCUGUUGCUUAAAAUGAUGACUAACAACAGAUUCUUCUUCUUUUUCUUUACGGUUUGAUGCAUGCAUCUUCUUCCUGAACAACCCAUAAUAUAUAUAUUGACAACUGAUAUAUAUAUAUAUAUAGUAUCACACUACAAACUAAUUAUAAUAACCAAGACAGAAUUCUCAAAAACCAUAAGAACAAUCAAUAACUUAAGAAUGUACUUUUGUCCAUCUUAUCCAAACAAAUUAAUUUGCUAAUGAUCACAUCACACUCUUAUGUUCAAUCACAGCUCAAGCUUAGACAACCUCUAACAAAUGAAACUCGAUCUUACACCUCCUCCACUAAAAAAAGCAAGUUAGACAUUUGCAUCUCACACAAAGCCUAUCUCACCAAGAAGAAGAACAUAAAAGUGAAUACCAAUUGUCACCAGCAAGAUGGAAAGAACCGUAAUUAGCAGCUGCAGCUUCUGCUUCAACUACCAUCUCAGAUGUAAUAGUGAAGUAAUUAGAACCCAUAAUCAUCAUCUUCAACUUCUCUCUCAAUAAGCCAAAACCAUAACAAAACAUGUAAGAUGAGAAAUCUUUUUUCUUACACGAAACAUUACAGUUCGGUGCAAUCAACUGGUCCGAGUUAGCUUGCCACAGCUUAGGGUGCUCGACGCAACGCUUCAAAGCGUUCUUGUGAGACAAAGCCGAAUCCACGGGUCUAGACUAGAUAUCGAAUCAAGAUCCUCAUCGGAUAGCAGCAGAUCAAUAGACUCAUCGGUAACAGUAUCAUAAACCAAGCAGCACCCUCUCCUCCCUCGUGUCAUCAUAAUUGACGCAAGCUCGUUUCUGCGACUUCACGUCGAAGAGUGAGCCAAAGUACAAUAAUAUAUCACUUCUUUUUUUUUUUUUCCCAAAUUAUGUUAUACUAGGAUAAGACCUGCGCCUUGCGCAGGGUGAGUUUAUUUGUAUAUAUUAUCGAUAGUUUCUUUUAUAAAUUUGAUCAUUUUAUUUAUAUAUAUAAAAUAUUUAUUGUUGUUAUUAUAUAAUUUCUUUCCAAUGAAUCAGAUCAAUUUUUAUUAAAAAUAAUGGAACAAAAGUAUAAUUAAUACAUCAUGAGUUGAUCGGAUUGGACAUUAAACAAAUUAUGAC